AUGUAUGGGAAAUGGGAUAGUUUAUUUUACUUUGUUAAUGUUACAGAUGUAAAUGGAGAUGGGUACAUGGAUUCAAUGGAACUUGAAGCUAUAUUUGAUAAAGAUCUUUCCAAAGUAUAUGCGGACAACAGUGAAGAGAGCAUCAUGCAGAUGGAAGAGGAGAGGACACGGAUGCGGGAGCACGUGAUGAAGGAGGUUGAUAAGAACAAUGACGGUCUCAUCACUCUGGAAGAGUUUCUUAAAUAUUCAGACACACCAGAGUUUGCAAACCCGGAUGAAAACAGUUAUAAGACAAUUGACCAAAUGCUGUUGGAGCACACUCUCUACACACAAGAUGAGCUUCGUAAAUACAGAGAGAACAUUUCUGACCAAGAACAAGAGAUUAAAGCAAAACUUGAAGUAUUGAAAGCACAAGCGAAGACGUUGGGUGGAAUGAGACGGGAACUUGGUGAUAAUAGGCGAGAAGCUGCACUGGAUGGUAUCCAAGAGCAUGAACAAGCAUACUUGGAACACAAGGAACAACAAAUAAAACAACAGGAAGAAAAAAUACAGGAGUUGCAUAAAGAUCUUCAGCAACAAAGUAAAGAGGUUUUGCAAAUGAAAAGUGAAAUGGCAAAGAUGUAA